UCUACAACUGCAGUAUGGGUUUCCAACGUCGCCCUAGACUUGGUUUGCAGCUUCUAGACGAAUGUCCUUAUCCCCAACUCUUCAACAGCGAAACUUCGAAAUGUGAAGACUUCGUCAAUGUCACAUGUGGGACAAGAAAAGAACCCAAAGCGCCGUGUGAAUACAGGAAAAGACAAUGCCAGGUUGCCCACUGCAGACCGUGUUGGGCUGUAACGCCUUCCUGUGUCAAUGCUUCUGAUGGUCUUCACUUCGACACUCGCAGGAUGUGGACACCAGUGUUCGUGGAAUGCAAGCAAGAGAGAACAAUCAGUGUAAGAAGGUGUGACCCACUCAACGACAUUCCGCAAAUAUUCUCCCCAGAACUUCUACAAUGCGUUAGUAUAUAUGACGUUCCGAGACAGUUCAAUGGCCUCAGACCGAACUGUGUUGGAAGCAAGACCAGCUGUACCCCGAGGAAAAUGGCCGUUGUAACAUUUACAUUCAGUGCACCAACCAGACGUACGCCGGGUAUGGUCAGUGUCCUCAAAACCGGAACUUCGACUUCGCCACGCAAAGUUGUAUGUUGCCGUCAGAAAAGUGUCCUCCAUGUGGAACAAACCAAACUGCAUGCACCGUAUAAUGAGAAACAAUUGGACUGGAAAGGGCGUGAUUUCGUGGCAAUGCUGUUUCAGAAAAGGAAGAUACAGUGCUAUUUGUGA